UCAGGUGCGGAGGCUGGGCUGGGGCGGCUCGGCCGGGAGGGCGCAGCGGAGCCGGAACGGAGGAGAUGGCGUCUCAGCCGCCACCUCCCAAGCCCUGGGAGAACCGGCGCCUUGCGGGAACCGCGGCCCCGGCCUUCCAGUCUGCUGAUUUGGGUGCCAGCCUGCUGACCAGGCCUGGACAACCCACACGAGUACCUCCGCCUAUUUUGCCACGACCAUCACAGCAGGCAGGGAACAGUAGCCUGAGCAAUUUCAGACCUGCAUACAGCAGUUCCUUUUCUCCAGGCUAUGGCACAUAUGGAAACUCCUUUUAUGGAAACUACAGCCCUUACAGUUAUGGAUAUGGUGGUAUGGGCUAUAACCGGUUUCGUACAGACGAUCUACCUCCCAGCAGAUUUGUUCAGCAGGCUGAAGAGAGCAGCAGAGGUGCAUUUCAGUCCAUUGAAAGUAUUGUGCAUGCAUUUGCCUCAGUCAGUAUGAUGAUGGAUGCUACCUUUUCAGCUGUUUAUAACAGUUUCAGGGCUGUAUUGGAUGUAGCCAAUCACUUCUCCCGACUCAAAAUACACUUCACAAAGGUGUUUUCAGCUUUUGCAUUAGUCAGAACUAUCAAAUACUUCUACAAACGGAUGCAGCGACUGCUGGGUCUGCGGAAGAGCUCUGAGAAUGAGGAUUUGUGGGCUGAAAGUGAAGGAACUGUAGCUCGCAUUGGCCCAGAGGACCGGGCAGCUAACUCAGCAAAAUCCUGGCCGAUUUUCUUGUUCUUUGCUGUUAUUCUUGGGGGUCCCUACCUCAUCUGGAAGCUGCUCUCCACGUACAGUGAUGAAGAAACAGUGUCUAGUAACUGGGCAAACGGAGAUGAUGAUCACGUAAUUGGAAGAGCAGAAUAUGACUUCACUGCUGUUUCAGAAGAAGAAAUUUCUUUUCGUGCUGGUGACAUGCUAAAAUUAGCACCCAAAGAACAACAACCCAAAGUACGUGGCUGGCUUUUGGCUAGUCGUGAUGGUCAAACAACAGGACUUGUGCCAGCUAAUUACAUCAAAAUAUUGGGUAAACGAAGAGGUCGGAAAACAGUGGAGCUGGAAAUUAUUACAGAGCAGCAGCCGGCUUUUACCAACACAACACCUGUUAGAGGAGCCACUGACGCGGAUACUUUAGAGGAGCAAGAAGAUGCAUUUGAGUCUGUUUUUGUUGAAAUGAAUAAGGUUCCCGUUAUCUCUGACUCCACUGUGAUAGGUGGAGAUAAACAGGAUCUCUGAUGCACCUGGAUAAAAUUUAGUGAUUGAACUAUACUUAUCAAUAAUCCUUUUGAUAUUCUUAAAAUUGUAGAAGUACACUGUUAGGACUGUAUCAAGUAUCUCGCUGCUGGGUGACGGGUGAACAGAUAACAAAAUAAUUUACCCAAACUUUAAUGGCAUGCUUGGGUCACUUAAAGUUGUACAUUUGUGGCCCUGCCCAGCAAACCAUUGGCAAUUGUGAGAUCUCAGGCUGGGGGGAGUUCUGUAGAAGCAACUCGGUAAGCCAAUGUGUUGCAUCUCUAGCUGCACAUUUUGGUCAUUCGAAGGAAUAGUGCUGAUGAAUUCUAGAGGUAGCAGUGUCCAGUCCUCCUUAUUGGAGAAAGAAUUGGCUUGAUAUGAGGCCUUUGAGACGGGGUGUUGAGAAGGAAAACAACCAUUUCUAGCAGAGGCCUCCAAAAAUUGUAUAUUGAAGAGCCCUUAAAAUACUUUAUUUUUUUGGCUGCUUUUUGGUAAAAUUAGUGCUUCCACUACCAUAAAGAAAAAUUAAAGACUUCAGUCCUUUGUUAUAAAAAGGUGAUUCUCUUAAGAAACAAGAUUAGCACUGUGAAGGAAGGUACAUUCAACUGGAAUUGUAAGCAGAUAAAUGCUAUUACCGUUGUUUUCAAGAAAGUAUAAGCGGGUUUUUUUUUCCCCCACCAUUCUGGGAGCUUUUCCUCAUCAGAGUCCUGAGGACCACAUGUUUUGUUCUGGUUUAUUAUGCACAUGCUUUAGGCCCUACGUAUCUUCCAGCCAAGCAAUGUUAAGGAUGCUCAUUUUUUAUCAACAUCUCUCUAGGGCCUAGUGAGCUAAGUUAGCACAGCCACACUUCCAGCCAGGUAUAUAAUAGCUUAUCAAUUUCUAGUAAUUAUGUAUUUUAACAGCUACAUCCAAACUUCCCUUGUUUCAGUGCAAUUUCUUUUUGAACUUUUGUGAGAAAAUUCAGCCUGAUUUUAACACAGCAGGAAUGCAUCACAGAGUGGAUAGGAAACAUCUGUGUUGCCAUUAAUUAGAUGCGGUUUUCUAUUGAUAAUCCCACAAAAUAGGAAACAAGAAAAAAAGCUGCCCAUUUCAUUGUCUCAUCAUGGAGAUGGAUGAGUUAACUGCUAACUUUAUUAUUCCUAAUGUACUUCAGGUGUUAAAUCUGGUAUUUCCCCAUAAAAUCUGAGGUACAUUGAGAACCAUAAUUGCAUAAAGACUAUAUUAUAUAUUAUAAAUGUAUAUUAACAAUAUACAUUUUGCCUUCAAAUCUAUUUACUUUUGUGAGCUCUGUACUGAAGUCAUACUUCUCUGGGAAGCAAAUUUAAGUAAAGAUUCCUUUGUCGGGACUCACUCACAUUAAUAUUAGAUUUGAUUAACACAGAAUCAUUUUCAGUUCAGGCUGUAGUUCUUAUGGAAUGUUCUUAUAUACUGUAUUGAACCCUUCAAUGUUAGAACACAUCAUACAGUUCUAAUGUACUACAGCAAAGGAAAAAUACUGAUGGCCGUGUAUUAAUAAAUCAUUUCAAUUAAA